ACUGGAUGUCGGACUACUCACUUCGUCAUAAAACAUUCAAAUAUAUCAAUAAAUCCUUCAUUUACUUUCAACCCAUGAAACAAUAGAAAAUCUAUUACAUUAUCCGCCAUUUUGUUGAAAGAAACGCGCACAAGAUGGCGACGAACUUCACGGACGAUAUUGGCCCCAUGGCUUAUCCUCUAAAAAUGGUCUCCAAGGAGGUGGUCGAGCACAUGCUUGGCUGGAACAUCCCCGAAGAACACCAGGACCUGGUCCACGACCAUUGGAGGAACUUCCCAGCAGUCAGCAAGUACUGGCAUUACGUCCUCGCACUUAUCUACACGAUGCUGAUGGUUACCUCACUACUUGGGAACGGCAUAGUCAUCUGGAUAUUUGGAACGUCAAAAUCCCUACGAAGCCCAAGCAACAUGUUCGUCAUCAACUUAGCAGUGUUUGACCUGAUGAUGAUGCUGGAGAUGCCGUUACUCAUCAUGAACUCUUUCUACCAGCGACUGGUCGGCUACCAGCUCGGGUGUGACAUUUACGCCGUCCUCGGUUCCUUGUCGGGUAUUGGAGGAGCCAUCACCAAUGCUGUUAUAGCAUUUGACAGAUACAAGACUAUCUCCUGCCCCCUUGAUGGACGGAUAAACAAAGUGCAGGCGGCCAUAUUGAUUGCCUUCACUUGGUUCUGGGCGAUGCCCUUCACCGUCCUGCCAGCUCUCAAGAUCUGGGGACGAUUUGUACCCGAGGGCUUCCUCACUACGUGUUCCUUCGACUACUUCACUGAUGACCAGGAUACGAAGGUGUUCGUCGGCUGCAUCUUCGUGUGGAGCUACGCGAUACCAAUGGCGCUCAUCUGCUACUUCUACUCACAGCUGUUUGGUGCUGUUCGCCUUCACGAGCGCAUGUUAUCAGAGCAAGCCAAGAAGAUGAACGUCAAGUCGUUGGCCGCGAACAAGGAGGACGCGAGCCGGAGCGUUGAGAUCAGAAUCGCUAAAGUAGCCUUCACUAUAUUCUUCCUGUUCGUCUGUGCGUGGACUCCUUAUGCCUUCGUCACUAUGACUGGUGCUUUUGGUGAUAGGAGCCUCUUGACUCCCAUAGCGACGAUGGUGCCAGCUGUCUGCUGCAAGGUGGUGUCCUGCAUAGACCCAUGGGUGUAUGCCAUUAAUCAUCCCAGAUACAGGGCGGAGCUCCAGAAGCGUCUCCCCUGGAUGGGAGUCCGUGAACAGGACCCUGACAGUGUCUCCACCACGACCAGCGUCGCCACUGCGCAGUCUACCGCCCAACCUACUGCUGAAGCUUAGAUCCCCCACAGAAACUUCCAGAAAUACUGGUACAAAGAGACUUUUUUGCAACACCAUCAUAACAGUCAAAUAUUUAGGAAUUAUUUUGAUUUUUCAGUUUUUUCUUAAUUUUCUGAUGAUUUAUAUAGUCUGUGGUUGAAUUUCAAAAGUGGCUAACAUAACUGUCACUCAUGAUGUAAAUUGUCAUGCAAGCGUGUGAAAGCUAUUUCUAAAAUGUCAUAUUGAAAUCAGUUCUUAUUCUAUUUGACGUAAACAUAUUCCUACCCACGUAAACGUACCCUUAAAAUUAGAUUAUUUUCUAAAUAUAGUACCAAUAUUUUCUCCCGUCAUUUCUUAUGAGUAACCAGGAAAGGUUUUGGCGGGAAACCCUUUCAAAUAAUAAGUUCCUCGUCUAUUGACAAUGUAACAACAGAAACCUGUCAACUGAGUGUAAAUAAUUACAAAUAUUUUUCGUCUAUAUUUUUCUGUCAUUUUAACACAUUUUUUUGACAAAUUUUACUGUUAUGUCAUUUUUUUAUUUGGUAAACUCAUAAUAUUAUUCUGUAAUCAAUAUCUCAUUGUACCAGUAUUAAGGAUUAAAAAACGACACAAGCAAGUCUAUGGUUCAACGAGUAUACAAACCAUAUUUUUUUACGAAGCAAAUAUAAAAAAAAUAUAUAUUAAAAAAAUACGGACUGAUCCCGACGACCUCGCUGAUUUUAUGAACAAAUAAAAAUAUUAUACUGCAACA